CAGUCAAGACAACAACCCAGCUGACUGUCAACUUGUCAAGCGCCGUCUCUUGAACCGAAUUUCUGUUUCAGCAAGAACAUAAAGGCAACCGAACGAGGAAACAGGUAUAUUCAGCCAUGGAGAGAUUAGAGCUGCCAUUUUUCUCAACGAUAAUGAACGUAUGGCUCUUCGAACAAGUCAAGAAUACCGCCGAGAUCAAGAAAGCGUUAAUCCAAGCCAGUCAGACUAACGACGAAGCCGAGCAGAGUAGGUUGGAUUGGGCGUUCAUCGAUGCUUCAAUGAUCACAUCUCGUCAACACCUCACCACCGCAGUUUGCCAAGCACUUGUCACUCAGUCGCACGGGGCCCUGAAAACGAAAACGCUUCACUCCGAAAUCCUAUGGACAUUGUCCCCUGGAACAAACAUCAUGGAAGCGAUCAAGAAGUUCGGUUUGGGACCACAAACGAACGCGCUGUUACUAGUUAAACUUCAGCCGAUAGAAGGUGAUAAUCAGCCGUCAAAGGAAGCACUGGACCAAGCAGCGCAAGCACUCGUUGACGGGACACUCGUCAAACUGGACGAUCACCUCGGUAAAUCUAUUGUAAAUUGGAAGGAACUGAGGAAGAUUUAUAAGCUGAACGACGACCCGGUCAUUAAAGGACUUGAAGAACAGAGCAAGAGGACCGCCAGUGAUGUAGAAUGGCAUGCCAUGAUCGAUCAGCUCGCCACUGCUACCGUUGCACUUAAAUCCGUUGCUGCGUGAGGUACUCCUUCAAGUUGGGUCUUUGGGGAUCUGUUGUACCAUUUACAAACUCUUUUCAAUCGAGCACAUACAUGGCCAACCCGUUUGAGAAUCUAUGUGUCCAUAAAUAAACACACCGAACAAUCAUACAGUCACCCCAGGGAUCUCGAUCGUCCAGAUCACUCUCUCAUCACUCAUCACUUCGACUGCAUCAGUCUCAGGCAGAAUGUGGUUCGAAGUCGAAAGCAGUCCUGUGAUGGAAGUUUUCGCUUGACCUGAUUUGUGUUGCCGCAUUUUUACCAAUUAAUGAGUGUGACGCAACGAAACAUUGAACCGUUGGGUUGUUGGCGUUUUUUGUUGUUUUUUUUUGUUGCAAAGUACAAAUCAAUUCG